AUGCCCGUCUUCACAGAAUUCUCCGCCUCGUCGCGCGAACUCCGCGUGCUCCCCUCCUUUGCACCCCCUCUGCCCCGCCUUUCCCCCACCUUCACAAAAUCUCCGGCUGCUUCUCAAGCUCCCCAACAAGAGGAAUCACAAGCGCAAGAGAAAUAUGAAGUCGUCAUCGUCGGCGCCGGUCCGGCCGGACUGAUGCUCAACCUCCUGCUCGCGCGGUACGGCCUAAACGACGACUCGCUCCUCUGCGUGGACGCAAAACCCGGUACAUUGAAAUCCGGACAGGCAGACGGUCUACAGCCGCGCACACUCGAGGUCUUGAAAUCGCUAGGUCUUGCGGACGAGAUCCUCAAUGAUGGGUGUCAUAUGGAGGAAGUGGCGUUUUGGAAUCCCACGGGGAAAACGGAGGGGGAGGUGAUUGAGCGGACUUCGAUCGUGCCGGAUGUUAGUGUGCCUGCGCGGUUUCAACAUGAGGUUACGAUUCAUCAGGGGAGGAUUGAGCGGAUUCUGGAGACCGACUUGUUACGCUAUUCGAAGCGCGGCGUGCAAAGGAAUACGAAGCUGGUUGAUGUGAGGAUCGAUGAGGAGGGGGAUGGCGAGUUUCCCGUUGUGGCGGAGAUCGAGGUUCAGGAGGCACAGGGGAAGAACGUGAGGAGGACGGUGCGCUCGAAGUACAUCGUUGGCGCGGAUGGUGCGCAUUCGAAUGUUCGUCGGUGCAUGGGUCUUAGUCUUGAGGGCGAGUCGCUAGAUCAUAUCUGGGGCGUUGUGGAUUUGGUCAUUGACACUGACUUUCCCGAUAUUCGGCGGCGGACUGCGAUCCAUUCGCCUGCGGGGUCUGUCAUGGUUAUUCCACGCGAGAGGAUUGCGACUGGCGACUAUCUGACCCGGUUAUAUGUUCAGGUUCCUGAGAUUGAAAUUGAGGCUGGGGAUGAUCGCGACGCGAAGGAGGGUGCGAAGGCGCGCAGAGCCGGGGUUACACUAGAGAGCAUCUUUCAGCAUGCUGCCGAUGCAUUCAAACCGUACUAUAUCCGGCCUAAGCAGGACGGCGCGGUGGAUUGGUGGGCGGCGUAUCAGAUCGGACAGCGGGUGUCUGACCAGUUCACGGUGAAGGAUUCUAAGGGUAUAAACCGCGUCUUCAUUGCCGGUGAUGCAUGCCACACGCAUAGUCCUAAGGCUGGCCAAGGAAUGAACGUCUCCAUGAUGGACUCGUACAACCUCGCCUGGAAACUCAUCUACUCCAUCCACGGCCUCACACCCGGCGCAAUUGAAUCUUCCAAGGUAGACCCAAUCCUCGACACAUACCAUCUCGAACGCCACACAAUCGCCCAGCAGCUAAUCGACUUCGACCGCGCCUUCUCAUCCAUGUUCUCCGGGAAAAUAGGGCCCGAAGACGGCAUCGGCCAGCUGACACACGAGCAAUUUCUCGAAGUCUUCAGCACAGGCAACGGCUUCACCAGCGGCUGCGGCAUCGAGUACCCCGAGAACGUGACGGUCGAGAAAACACCAGCCAAGAAUCCCAUCAAAGGCACAGAUUACCUCCAUGGCAUCCUGUACCCGGGAAGAAGAUUACUCAAUGUCAGAGUGAAGCGCUUUGCCGACGGAAACAGACGCGAUCUACACGAUGACUUCCUCUCCACCGGCCGCUUCCGCAUCCUAGUCCUGACUGCCUCAGACCUCCUCAACCCAUCCGGCACGUCAGCCAAAACCCUAAGCGCCAUUUCCUCCUCCAUCCUCCCGCACUUCCCGCCGUCCGUAAUCGAACAGGUCGUCAUCCAUCCACGCCUACCCAACACCAGCAGUAAAGGCUUUAUGUGGCGUGAUCUCCCGCGGGAGAUCAAAGAGCACUCGGAGAUGCGCUUUUAUAGCGGCUAUGAACUCUCCGAUGAUGUCUUUGCCGUCUAUGGUGUCGAGGAGAGUAAAGGUGCUCUUGCUGUUGUGAGACCCGACGGGUAUAUUGGGGCUGUUGCAGCGCUGGAUGAUGUUGAGAGUGUCAAGGGGUAUUUGGGGAGGUGUGUGAGGACUAUUUAG